AAUCGUUCUCGUAUCUUGUUUUUCUUGAAUGGAUUCCGACCUUUCGUUCGAGAUGCUCAUGGAGAUUACAUCCCGAGCAUCACUAGAAACUCUAGACAUAAUGCGUUGUAUGUGUAAAGAACUUAACAAACUCACCUACGAAUCGUAUCUUCUUGAUCUAUACAAGAAAAGAAACAACAUUGUGUCCGGUUUUCUUAUACAAGACAUGAAAAGCGAGUGGAUGGACAUCAAAGAGUUUGCACCAUCUCGUGACUCAAACUGUCUUGAUCUUGGUUUUCUACCAUCCAAUGCUCGUAUUCUUGCGACGUCUGAGCAAGGAAUAAUAGUGUACCAGACUCCUGAUAGUGCCGAUUUCAGGAAUGGUGUGUACCAUGUUUGUAAGCCUGCGACUAGACAGGUUUUGGCGUUGCCGAAUCCUAAAGCUAAGUAUACACUUUGUAAGGUUGCGCUUGUGGUGAUGAGUUUGAGGCCGUUACAUUACAAGAUCAUCAGAUUUUCUGACCACCCUGCUUUGAAACGGGGGAGAAAGUUCUACACAAGAUAUAGUUGUGACAUCUUCGACUCAACGACGUGGGAAUGGAGAUCACGGAAUCACAUAAAGCUUGACGAUGGUGUUUUCUUCACUAACCCGCAGCCGGUCACAAAGAGCGGUUCAAUCUACAUGUUAUUAACAAAUAAUGACAUUUUUAAAUUCGAUGCAUAUUCGGAGAAGUGGGAAGUGUUUCCGCCACCUAUUCGAUAUGAUCAAUAUGGCACUGCUUCAAUGGAUCUGGUAAAGUAUGGUGGAAGAUUGGGGGUGGCGUGUAAGCCACCGAAUGGAGAUGGUUGUCGGGAGAUUUGGGUUCAUACGACGGAUGGAUUGUGGGAGAAAGAAGGUGUUGCUGGUGAAGGUGCGAGGGAAACAGAGUCACUAAAGGCCUUAUAUGAUUCGGAUACAAGUGUUGUUGCGCAGAACGAUACGCUCCUAUUUUAUAGGUUCAAACAAGAAGGUGAUAACAUGAUCAACAAGGUCGCGUUAAAUGACAUUCUUAUCCCUUGUGAAAUGUUCACCUUCCGAUCAGAUUUCGAGCCAAUUGAUUUGAUUUGAUUUAAUGUAGACUUAAAUUCUUAUUGUUCAUUCGUUUUAGACUCGGAUGUAUAUGCCUUUUACUUUAUACAUAUUUUAUAAAA